AAUUGAACCUAAUACCCUCUAGCUUCAGUAAUUGUUGUUAAAGAGUGUUUUUUUUUUUUUUCUACUUAGCCCUUCUUUGAUCUUCCAAAUUUCAUACUUCAUAUGAUAUGGCAAAUUUUGGAACUAGCCAAAGAAUACCAACCUCCUCAAAACCUUCAACCAAAGUUGAAUCUCAUGAACCAAAAGAGAAUCAUGAAAAGCUCUAUACUGACAUCAAAAUAUACUGUCCCUUUAACAUGCCGUUAACUUCAGAAGCUGCAGCAAUCAGAAUCAUGAGGAACUUAGGGAAUCUUGGUUUAUAUUACACAUUAUUCUUUUGGAUCAUACUCUUCAUAGUCCUCAUCCCCAGGCAUAAAAUUUCAUUGAUUAUUUUGGUUAUAAUGACAUAUGUAAUAACCAUUUACUGUUUAAUUCUAAGGGCAUUCCCUUAUUCUAUUUUUCUUCACAAAGUCAUAGAUAAAAGGUUUGUGUUGUCAUUGCUAGUGUUUGUAACUGUGGUGAUGCUUGUGGUGACUGAAGCUGGGUCUCAUCUUGCAGUUACUUUAGCUAUUGCUGUUCCUAUAAUUUUGAUUCAUUCACUUUUAUGGAUUGCUCAUCACCAUUCCUUUGACACUGAAGAUCAUUAUUGUAAUUGUAAUUGUGAAGUUGGUGCUGAUGGCACAGAGGAAGUUUGAUUUUUUAGUUAUAAGUCAACAUUCUCAAUUUUGUUUUUUUUUUUUUUCACUGCAAUUGUAAUGUAAUAGAAGUGUUGGAAUUGUGAA